AUGGAAAUGAAUGACACGGGAAAUAGUGGUAGUGCUGGGGAUAUGUCCGCAGAAAGCACAGCUGAUACUCAUCACGCUGUUAAUGGUUCUCAUAAAAUUGAGGAAAACCGUAAUGGUACUGUAAAUGUGGAUUUGCAGUACCAAGAUGGUGAUGUAGAUAGGAAAUUGGAUCAAAAUUAA